UAAUAGAAAGCUUUGCUGUCUGUUUGACUGAAGAAUAUGUUACAGAAAUAUAUUGGCUGAAACGAAGAUUUGAAGUGUCUUAGUUGCAACGAACUGUCAAUACGUUACUUAGUUGUCAUAUAGACAAAAAUAUACAAAUUAUUUUUACUCCAACAUAUGUCUGAAGAAAUUAAAAGGCAUCCAAGAUGGUUCUUCGGAGGGCUAGCAGCUUCCGCAGCCGUAUGUGUCACGCAUCCCUUAGAUUUGCUCAAGGUCCAUUUACAAACUCAAGUGGGACGCCAGGUCUCCAUCGCAAGUAUGACAGUGAAUAUAAUAGAGAACCAGGGAAUUCUGGCUCUUUACAACGGUCUUUCAGCUGCUGUAUGUAGACAGCUUACCUAUUCAACUACAAGGUUUGCUUUAUAUGACAUGUCUAAACUUCAUUUUGAUAUGGAUCACUUUGCCACCAAGGUUUUAGUAGCAACAGUGGGCGGUGCAGUAGGGGGUUGGACUGGGGUUCCCAGUGACGUAGUAAAUGUACGAAUGCAAAAUGACAUAAAAUUACCUCCAGAAAAGCGACGGAAUUAUAAGCAUGCUAUAGAUGGUUUUAUUAGAGUUUACAAAGAAGAAGGAAUUAACCAGUUGUUUAGGGGAUCCACCACAGCAUGUUCAAGAGCAGUAAUGAUCACCGUUGGACAGUUAUCCGUGUACGAUGAGAUCAAAACCCAACUGUUGCGGACAGGAUAUUUUAUAGAUAAUACAGUGACUUAUUUCACGUGCAGUUUUAUAGCAGGGAUAGCAGCUACUUUACUGUCACAACCUUUGGACGUCAUCAAAACGAGGCAGAUGAAUGCUAGACCGGGAGAAUUUAAGGGAAUUUUGGACUGUGUUAUUUUUACAGCAAAAGAAGGACCGUUUGCUUUUUUCAAAGGGAUUCUUCCGUCUUCUGUGAGAAUUAUACCGAAUACAAUAAUAGUAUUUAUAUUUUACGAGGCUUUAACAAAUAAAUUUGGAUAUUUUAAAUAAUUUUUACGAUUUUUUUUAGAUUUCUGAUUAAUAUUUUCUAUUGCUAUUUUGUGGGAUAUUAUAUAAUGAGAGUAAU